AUGCGUAUUCACGGCCUGCUCUGCUUGGUCUUCUUCGUUGUAAACGGCGGGGUCCUGACUCAUGCUGCCGCCCUCGAUCCGAGCGACGCCCAUCGUCCCGAAACGGCUGCGCUCACGGCGGAGGAACUGUCGAAGACCGGCGGUGCAGCUGUCUACAAACGUGCGCUGAACGACCGGAGCAAGGAGGAGAGAGGCCCUGUGCUUGACAGCAUAUUUGGACCGCUGAAGAGAGUGUUUCAAGGGCUACUGGACAAAUUCGGCUCGUUCCGAUCUCGUCGUCCUCAUGCACAGCCUGUCAAGCCGAUCGAAGGCCAUAUCAGACAGCUUGCCAAGCCGGUCGAAGACCGUACGUUUGACGUGAUUAUUGCGGGGUUGCUGUAUUUGGGGAGAAGUCCAGAACAGGCUUUCAAGACGCUUCAAUCCAGGGACGAUGGAAUAUACAGGUGGUUUAAAUACAUCGCGCUUCAUCAACCGAAAUCCAAGAAGGAGUUUCCUGACAACGAAGCCGUGCAACUUCUGGAACGAUCUUCUGUCAAAGACGAGGCGGCAUUGGCAAGUAUCUUUGCCAGGCUGAUGGAUCGUACUAAUUUGCGACCCCAUGCUGAACCGGUGCAGCGACUUCGCUUUCAGAAUAUGGUGAUGAACAAGGAUAUGACUCCCAGUCAGUUUGAAGGUCUCCUGCUUCCCUCUGGUCGUGGUUCAAUCGCCGCUUUAUCGCAACGUGAUCCUCUCUACCGCGCCCACAAAGCCUUUUCCUUAGAAUAUGCUAAAAUUCAAGGCCCUGGUAAACAAAAGGAGUUAGAGUCCCUCUAUUCCAUGAACGACGGCGCUAAAGUGGCUGAUCAUUUAGCCCAAAUGGAGAAAAACGCUCACUGA